AAUCCCUGGCGAUAGCAUUCGAAUCCAGCCACUGCCCGCGUCGUGGAGGUAGUGCGCGUUUGGGGGCUAAACCGCAGCAGUAGUAGUUUCAAGUACCUGUGAACCGACCCUGGAAAAAAUAUUCAAUUUGCAAUACGAACAGGUGGCACGGCUCGUUGAAUUUUCUUUCUUUCUGUUUUGGAAACGAAUCACUGGUGGCCGUACGGGCUCGACUGAUGCCGUGGCAGGAUAUUCUUCCGGUUCCGGAUAUACUGAUUUUUCUUUGAAAUAUCAACGCACAUACUACAAAGCAGCACAUCAAACCGUUCGAUAAUUUAAUUCGUGUUUAUCACUAGUGGCAUCAUUUUUAUGCACCGCUGCACUAUUGUGCAGUCAUGAGUGAACCCGUUGUAGCACUUUUUCGACUAAUCUGUACACGCAUCUGAACCAAACGGACAAUAUAUCCUGUAAAUUAGUGCAUCGUAAGGCGGUAGAUGGAAUAAUUUGAAUCAGCAGAAAAAUUGGGUGCGGUGUUUCAAAUUUUGGAGUGGAUGCUUUUUGCUCCUGAGAAAAUGCUUUAACCUUGGGAAGAACAUCACGAACUUAGCGGAAUGUUAAUCGGAAUGAGUUUUAAUGCAAUUUGACGGAAAAACCAAGCAACAAUGUGAAAGUGUGAUAAAAUACGUCAUUUUAGUUUUUUAUAUUUAUUAUUUUCAUCGUUGCUAAUUUGAAUCCCCAUUCCCAUGCGGAUACACAACUGAAGUCAAGUGGAAUUUACACAACUGUCUAUUGAAAGCUAGGAAAAAUCUGUGAUAUAUCUAUGAAAUCGUGUGACAAUAAUUAAAAGUGUAACAUAUAUAGUAUUUUAAUUGUGAACGUAGGAAGUAGUUAGUUUAUUGUAAGUAAUCAAUCAAGAUUGCCGAAGAAAUCAAGAUCAAUUACUGUGUGUCCGCAAGAAAAGGGUGCGUUUAAAGAUUGUCGAACCCUGAAUUCAGCCGAAAAAUUUUCCGCGCUGACACUAACGUAAAUGACCGCCAUUUUGAAAGCGUAAGGAUUAUUCUCGAGUCACCAAUCACUCGCUCUCUCUCUCUCUCUGUCUCUGUCUCUCUCACUGUGUCGCUCUUGCUCCCAGUGGGGGCCUUCAAGCACCAGAAAUUAGAGCGGAGAAAAUAAUCCAGCCAGCCGCCCACCCAACCAACCAACCAACCAAACCAACCAACAAAAACAUCCUGCCAGCCAUCAUCGGUCGCCAUCAUGCUAUUCACCGUCACCGAGGGUGAUGGGACCCACGGUCACAGCAGAACAAACCACCGAUCGGCCCCACCGUCGGCAGCACGGUACGACGUGUGCCCCCUGCCACGAAAUGAUUUUUGUUUAUCGACUACUGUUGCAACCCGAGCCAGGGAUAUAGUUCUAGUAGGACUAGCACUGAUGCUCCUGCUAGCCGCGAACGUGGAAUCCAAAGCCCCGGAUCACUAUUUCGGACGGGAAAUCGGACAUUUCAACAGUUUCGGCCACGGAGUUCGGGGUCGGGUGUUUGCCGUAGACGAGUCAACCCUGUUCGUGAAAGGUUUCGCCUACGACGGAAGCGCUCCGGACGCGUUCUUCUGGGUCGGCAAUUCACCCCGACCCAGCCCCGAAGGCUACAUCAUCCCCUACCCUGAGGAGUACACCGGGAGAGAGCCACCUGCACUGGGACAGCACGAGAACUCCAAUAUCAUCCUGAAAUUGCCAAUGGGUAAACGUCUCAGAGACAUUCGUUGGCUAUCAGUGUGGUGCAGAAGAUUCACGGUCGAUUUCGGCGAAAUAUUCAUUCCACCCGGACUAGACGUUCCCAAGCCUCGAGUGUUGCCCGAGUUCAAACGACUGGCCCACGGGCUACGGUCCAGCAACAUCAGCAUCCUGGAUGCCAAAACGUUCUACAUUCCCAAUCUACACUAUGACGGUGCCGGACCGGAUGCGUACUUCUGGGUGGGCAACGGUUCCGAACCUAACAUUAUGGGUAUCAAAGUUCCUAACGAGAUCGGGUCACUAGAACCGUUGCGGGGCUACCAGGGGGAGGACAUUGAAAUCCAGCUGCCAGGCAACUUGACUAUGUACGACAUCGACUGGUUGGCGGUUUGGUGUGUAGAGUAUAGACAUAACUUCGGUCACGUUUACAUUCCGAAGGAUUUGGACAUUCCGCCGGCACUGGGACAGACCAAAAUAGCGCCGCCCUGGUGGUACAAACCGACGACGUCAUCAACUAUGCCGACGCAGGUGGCGCAUGGCAGCACUGCCAAGCCGAAGAAUGUCAACUGCAGAGAGUUGCUUCGCUCAAAACUCAAUGUGAUGUGGGAGGUGGUGGGAGAUUACGUGGAAAUUGAGUUGAUCGGGCGAAUCCGCGAAGAUCAAUACAUGGCAUUUGGGAUAUCGGGUCACAACGGGCAUCCGCAGAUGGUCGGUGCCGACGUUGUUGUUACAUUCUAUGAUCGUAAGCAGCGACGGUUUCGGGCCGAGGACUACUACAUGUCGGCGUUAGCUCAGUGUGAUGGCAAACAGGGCGUUUGCCCGGAUGAGCGAAUAGGUGGAAAAAAUGAUGUGGAAUUAAUUUCUGGAGAUCGUAGUCAUGGAGUUACUCGAAUCAAGUACCGCAGGUUGCUGCAAACCAACGAAGCUGUUAACGAUCAAGCUUAUCCCACGAACCGUCAAAUCUCAGUGGUUGCUGCCAUCGGUCCGCUGAACUCACAGGAUGAAGCGAAUGCACACUCCCACCAGGAUGUGACGGUCGAUGAUAUUCAGAUAAAUUUUUCGUCCAAGAACGAUCACACCUGUACGGAUGCGUUGGACAGUGUUCGCGACGUUGGAGGUCCAGAACCAUGGCCCACGCGGAUCCUUCUAGGAGAAAAAAACAUUAGUGUAAAAAUUGGACCAACAGGUGGGAAACGAGGGUACACGCCGAUUACCGGACAUCCUUCGUGGGGCAUUGCUUGGUACCUGAACGAUAUGCUCAUCCCGGAAGUAUAUGUCGAGCGGGGUCAAACGUACACUUUUGUGGUGGAAGGAGGAGACGAUUCAACCCAACCGGCUAAAUAUCAUCCAUUCUACAUAACAGACUCCAGCGAGGGCGGAUAUGGCCAGUUAACGGACGCUCAACGACGACGGGAAACCAUUUUUGCUGGUGUUGAGUACGACAAGGAUAAUUAUCCGAUUCCAACUGCCGCUGGUAGAUAUUGUGAGUGGAAACACAAAACCGUGGACAAGUCAGACGAAAUCGAAACAUUUGAAGAGUACAAAAAGACUUUGUAUUUAUCGUGCGAUGAUCCUGAUGGACAACCAGCUUUCCUGAACUGGACUGUAGCUGAUGAUACACCGGAUCUUGUUUACUAUCAGUGCUACACACACCGGAAUUUGGGUUGGAAGAUCCACGUAGUGAACGCGGGUAUGACAGAUAAAAUCAACGGUUCGCAUGGUUUGUUCGUUGUGAGUUCGCACAGUAUAGCUCUUUUGGUACUCACCUUGUGUAUUAGCUUUUUUAUGACAGGGCGACGGGAAGAGUUUUGAUAGUAACAUUAUGGCUUCACUGCAUCCGAGGACGAACCAUCGCGUUUGUUCCAAGUGAAGGCUUGCUUGAAAAGCAGGCAUAUUUAGUUAAGAACUUAAUACACUCGGUAAUGUUCCAAAGGAAUGCCGUAGUUAGUGAUAGGCUUGCUUCUUGUUACAGUCGCUGGGGCUGAUUUUUGUAUAAUAUUUCGAUCGAUUGCUUUCCACUACUCAUAUUUUCUUCUAAGAUUUUAUUGUAUAAAUCAAUUUUAGCCUUGAAACAUUAGUAAAUUUAGCAAACAGGUGGUCGAUUUAACUUAAUAAUUUACAAGUAAAUGCUGUUAUGUUGGGUAAAGAUAAAUUAUAACAUUUCAAGUUUAGUUAAACAUUUCAUAAACAAUGAGUUUAUUCAUUUUAUGACAUGUUCAACAUCUGACAGUGAUAGCUGAGAAAAAUAAAUCUUUAAAGUAUAAUUAUCAUUAAACUCUAAGUUUAAGAUUUUAUAUCUAUAUCCGUCCACAACGAAACAGCAUAAAAAAUCUUAUUUUAGAACAAGAACAAAAUAACUAUUGCAAAAAUUUCGUUUUAAAGGCCCUACACAAUAAAAUAAGUUUAUCUAAGAAGCAACCUAUCAGUAGGAGACGGCUAUUCGGAAGGAAGCGUACUAUAGCGAAUACAAAUUAACGCAACAAUAAAAAUCAACCAUGCGAUAUCGCUUGAAAAACAUAUCUUUCGUGUGAAUGAGGAAAAACUUUGCGCGGUAAUCAGUUUCGGUCAGGCCUAUUCGAAAUAAAAUCAAGGCAUCAUUUUGACAUCGUAAACGAGAAUUUAGGAAUUUAGUUUGGCAAAGCCAACUGCGUGCUAUCGAUGCAUUUCACAAAACAAAUGCAGGAAUGUUGAAUCUCACGGAAUGCUUGCGAAUAGUUAUAGGUUAAGGUUAUGUUAUAGAUAAUGAUUUUUGGUAAACAACAGAAGAAAAAUCUUCGCGGAUCAAUAGAUUGGAAGUAGCUCAUCUCCUAGUGUCAUUAAAUAUAGGGAAAAAAAGAUCUGAUUCGUUGAAUAGAAGUCCUAUUUUUGCAUGGACGUUUGAAAAUGUUGAAUCCUCCCAUACUUGUGAAAGUUGUAUUUACAUUUGUAAGAAAACCAUCAAUUCGUUCGUAUCAUCCUUAAUUUAACAGUCAGUUUAUGAGAAACGAAUUAUGAAGACAGGUUCAGAUAGUAGAUUAGACCUGUGAGUAUCAAUCAAAAUAGAAAAUUACGCAGGGCUCUCAUGGGACGAAUUGUAAUCUUUGUCAUCAGUGUUCGCUACUAAUGACGUUUUCAAUGUCAUAUCAUUUCCAGAACUAGACCAAAUCGAUCUAUUGCCACUAGAGAUGUCAAAAAGGGUUUGUAAUAUGUUACCUUCAGUUCGCCUACUUCGAGAUUCGAUGUGAAGUCACCAGAGGGCGCCAUGUUCUUAAAAAAAGGUGUCGCUUUUGAUUUGUUCGUAAAACGUGAGAGCUGGAUGUCUUGAUAAUAUGAUGUCUUUGAUAAGAGCUUGCAUACAGUGGUUAUCGUACGCAAAGAUGGCUUUUAACGAAUUCUCUAUUGUAUGCUUCAAACAGCUUUUUAAAGGAAGUUUGUUCCAGCUUGGAUGCCUUGGAGUUUUACAAACUGCACUCAUAAACAGGUCUGCAGAUUUCUUGCAUAAGCUUCAGAUAUGUUUGUCAAAAUACUCCAUUUUACAAUUUGCACGAAUCGAAGAACGCGACUUUUUCAUUCAAUUUUUUUCUAAGAAACUUCGUUUUUAAACUUUUUUGCAGGCAUUUGAAAAUCAUGUUUUGCUCAGACAUUUGCCUAAAAUUUACAGACUUUUACAAUCGCCGCGGUCUUACCAAUUCCGUGCAUCAAAUACGGUAACAGAGGUAUUUUUGCCACUUCAUAUAUUUUGACCCACCUAACAAACUUUAUGAAUUUAAUCGAUAUUAAAUAACCCAUGUUGCAUCAAUUUGAAGCUAAUCACAUAAAAUUACCUAUUGACAAAUUGUCGCAAAGCUGAUUGACCAGUAGCGACACCUGCCAAUGAAAAAUGGAACUAAGAAAAUGAGGAUUCUUUAGGAAAUUUUCAUAUCGGCAGUAGUGAUUUGCAACAUUUUUAUCGUUUAUUCAAGAGUACAAAUAUAUAUCAGCAAUAAAAGUAAACUCGGAGUAGAAGAAAAUCGAUUAAAUUACGAUUAAACAUGGAAAUGUGUGAAAUUUUUUCACAGGGAAACCAGUGUAACGUUAAUUUCUCGAGUAAAAUAAAUCCUAAAGUGGGCCAAAAUACCUCUGUUACCCUGUAGAUAAACUGACGUCCGAAGACUUCUUUCGAGUUCAGUCUUUUUAACCCUGUCUGAAGAUAUUUGAAAUCCUGGCAUCUCUGCUCAUAAACGAUCACGGUUGUGAGGAAUUCUGGCAACCGGCAGAAGGCUGACUGCAUUCCGGCUGCUGUCAAAAUUGUCGAGGCAAAAUUACGUCAUUAUAUCGCCGUACGUGUCUUGUUUAUUUCGCUCUUCCUUCGUUUGUCUUUUUUUUUUAUUCGAUUUCAUUCGAUAUUCGUCAAUCCCGCAUGUACAUACAAAAAACGAAUCUUGUCUGCUUUUGUCUGGCAGAACGUUGACGUCUGUAGCUGGCAACCUAAAUAUCUGAUUCAUUUUUUUUCCUCUUUUACUUUUUUGCUUGUUGACAAUGUUGUGAGCAGAGUUACAAGUUACGUAGAUAUUUGAAAAUGCUCAGAGGAAAAACUUUUUUGUUCGUUGAUUUGUUCAACUUUUAUAUGGCAGCCGUGCUUGUAUAUAAAACAUGUGUGGCUAAGGAAAUGCACCACAAGUUCAGCUUUGAAAGCAAUCUUCAAUAUUGAAAGAAUCCACAGAGCUUUUAUAAUAUACUGACACGUCACAGAACUUUGAAACAAAUACCUACAGACUCUCACUGUUAUAGGAACUUGAGGAUUCGUUCGGCUACCGAAAUAGUAUUCGCCAGUCACUUACUACGAGAGUUUGUACAAAUAACUGCGUUUUACGUCUAUGUAGAUUCCUGAUUUUUGAAGCUUUUUUUCCAUGUGUAAAGGCUUAUUCAUUUGAAUCUAGUUUGGUCAAAGAUUUACGAAAGUAAUUAGGCGAUGACUGAGCUGGCAAAUAGUGGAAACAUGUCAAAAAACAAAUCGAACAAACAUUAGCUGGGAAUCUGCCCUUCUGUUUAUCUCAGAACAUUUUUAAGGAUGUUUCUUAAUUCGCUCUUAUCUGUGAUCCAUAAAAUACACUAGAUUCGACCAUAUUUGAGAUUAUUAUUGGAUCUCCAACAAUCUUGGCAACUACUCCAAUAUAAUCUUACUUGGAUUAUACAAUUGUCCAUUCCAGUAAGAGUUCAAAUAAAAACUGAAUUCAAUCUCAAAUUGAGUCCCUGAUACUCAACAUUGUAGUAGAUAAAACUAUUAAGUAAAUAUAAAGUAUCUUUCAGUAGGUUUUCGUGUGGACUUUAUGGAAACUACUUAAAGCAGCCACACAUAACAAAACUAUUCGGAACUUCAAUUUCUAUUCUCGUUUUUUUUGUCUUACAUUUCAUUUACCUUUUCUUUUAUUGUUAGAAAAGCGAAAACCAUGAGUUUGGCUCUAAAAGUUAUAGUUAAGCAAACCGCAACCAACCUAAAAUUGAGUAAAAGGUAACUGCUAUUUGUUUCAGUGAGCCAAUGAAAAAAAAGACCUACAUGUACAAAUACAAAUCAAGUAUCGAUGAGCUUGUCCACAAAAUAGGUGCAAUAUUCAACGAAACAGGUCUGGUACAGAUUACAAAUACAAAAUGAACAACAAUGCAAGAGACUACAACAUUACAAAGCUUUGUCUUAACGUACAUUUGAACAUACAUCGAAUGGUUAUGAUCUGUUUAGUUUUUGUAUGCAAAGUUAGUUUUACUGUUCAUGUGACAAUAAAGAGGAAAUCUGAAGAAAGGGAAGCUCAUUUUUUGUUACGUUUAUACAUACUAACGUUUAAAAGAGAAAGAAAAACGCAAUUGCUGUGAAUUGCGACUGUAAGAAAUGACAAUAAGAAAAAUCAAUUCAAUCUAUUCAGUAACAAUAAAUUAGAGAAUAAUAAAUCAAAUUGGAGUAAAUUUAGCACACACUAACGCUAGGUAUAAACAAUAAUUGAACUAAGUGACAAUAAGGCAGUAGAUUCAACACUAUAUGCGUAACUUGCGACAAUAACAAAAUUGAAAUGAAUGAAUCUAACGACAAUAAAUACAAUGUUUCAAAUUUAAAUGUUUUUUGGAAUUUCACAACUUAGAUAGAUUAAGAAAUACUACCAUUUAGCGCCAAGUUGUAAUUACUUUUUAAUCUGCGUUAUUUCAACUCAUUGUUUGUUUAACAAUCAUUACCCAUACAAUGUAUAAGUUUACAUUUUGUAUUGAACAUACAACAUAAAAAACUUGUUACUGAGCUGAAUACAUAAUUCUAGAGAUAUCAUUCGUUUUUGGAUAAGGUGAUUUUCACUUUUGAAAAUUCUAUCAUCAAUCAUGUAAAUUCUAAGUGUAUAACAAACCGAAAAUUUACUCGAUACAAAACGAGCAAAAAGCACGAGAACCUGUAAAUUUAUCAAACGAAACUCAAACAUAGGCUGGCGUAAUGCAAUUCAUUCAAUUUUACUACAGAAAACUAACAAACAUUACAAUUGUUUCUUUCAUACUCGUAAAAUUUGGAAGUAUGUACAGUACUCGCUCGCUUGAGUCAACGAUCGAUAAUGUGAAAAUCCCGAUAGGACUCCACUGUGUCGGGUGGCUAACAAUGUAUUAUCUUAGAGCAACAAAACAAAACUUUAAAUGUGUAUAUAUUUGAAUUACUUGUAUGUGAGUUUCUGUAUGCCUACACAGCAAGUUAAACUACAACAAUACUGAUUCGGACAGCUUGAACGAACAUGAAAUAUCAACCAACAAUGUAUUAGUUUCAAACCUUGGGAACUGAGAAGAGUAAUGAAAAUGAUCCAAAACACGGUCUAUUCAACAACAAAGACAAUAAAUGUCAAUUAUUGACAAUAUUUAAUAAUAGGGGAAAAAGAAGCAAACUGAAAAUCGAAGGAUAUACAUUGAUGAUGUUAAAGUAAAAUGAGGCUGUUUCCAGUAAUAAUAUUUUUGGUGUAAUACAACUUAAAUUACGCAAUCUAAAAAAAACGACCAAAAUAUUGUACAGUUGCGAAAAAGGCCUCCUUUUUAGUUGUGGGAAGAUUUGAUGUCCUGUGAACUGUAAAUUUUAUUAUUCAUCGAAACAACAUAAAUGCCAAUGUUGUGUUUUUUUUAAUUUGGAACGAAGGAAAAAUAAUUUUAUAUUUUCAAACAAUCACUUUUGCAAAAUCCCAUUUAUCAAUACCGAAUUGAAAUCAACACAUGUUGACAUUUGAAGAUUUUUAUUGUUCUAUUUCAAUUUACCUUAAACGUUCUCCGCAAUGGCAAAAUUUAACAAAUAAUAAGAAUAUUGUCAUAUAAAGACAGCAAAUCUAAUCUUAAAGGAAAAUCAAUGACAGCUUUAAACACUUCAUACCAACUAAUCGAGAACAAUAUGUACCAUGUAAAAAUUAUUUAAAACCUAGUUACCACGUUCCAAUUCAAUCAUUCUACAAUAUAAGUACCUAUUUGGUUUUACACGAAUAUGACAUAAACUAUCAAAAUGGGCAGGAUUAACGUCGUUUAUAGCCAACCAUUCAAAUAUUAAAACGUGUAAUUGAAAAUGUAAACCAUACCCUAUCGAUAGCUGUCAAACAAGAACUUUAUUAAUCAUAAAUUCAUUCGUUAACUCAUCUUAUAAAGUCUAAUUAGGUUUCGGAAGUAAUUGACAUAACAUCACUAAUGUCGUUUUUGCUUGAGAAAACUGACAGUGAUCGAGGCUAAUUUCAUCAAACAAACACUUCUUACGAAACUAUGUUGGUUUCGCACUUAGCAACGGGGGUUUGAGCAAACCUUAUAUAAAAAUCAGGUUUGAUACUGUCUCAAUUUUCAGUUCAACUACGGUGAAACUAGGUUCGAAACUAGCUUUAAACUACAGACUUUCAUAGUAACAGACUUGCGAAUACUUCACUAGCAUAGGAAUUUGACGGGUCGUUUGGCUUCCUAAAAAGUUUCCGCCGGUCUGUUACUGUGAAAAUCUGUAGUGGAGACUGGGUUAGGUUUGGCAUCAAGCGAAAACGACGAACGAGAUUUGACAGUUAUCGUAAGUUUGUUCUUAUAUUCAUUUCAUUCUGUUCCCUGUUAUUUUUUAAUCCUUUCAUUGUGCUCCUUCACGCAGAAAACUCUUUUGUGAUAUUAACAUGGUACAGAGUGGAAACAAUUUUUCUGUCGUUCUGGUACCAUCAAAAUACAAAUAUAAAUAAUUCAAUAAUUUUAUUGAUAUGAAAUUGAAAAACAUAAUACCUUAACAAAAGAAAGUAUAGCUGGUUGUUUCAUACAACUAUUUGUCUGUUUCAAAUGUAAAUUAUGGGUUAAUCCAACCAAAAAAUUAGUUAUUGUUGGCUUAAAACGUCAUGCCUGAAACAAAAAAUUUAUCAUUUGAAACAAAUCGGCCGGAUUUUUCUGCGUGUUGUCAUUCCACAGCAUUCCAGUGUAAACAAACCACCAAAAGCUGCCAAUGAUGAACCUAAUUCAUCGGCAUAAUAAUUUUCAGAUCCGAUUCAGUGCCAGCAUACCCACCAUACACAACACUCGUUCUCACGUGGAACAGUUGUCCGUGCCGGUACUGAACCGGAUCGGAAUGGUUUGAAUAGACCUUUAGAGAUAAUAAAAAUCUAGAACCACACACAAACCAAGAAACAAUACCAAAAUAUCCAAAACAAUGUCGUAAUCGAAUUGGUUUGUAUAUAACAUGCAUAAAUCUUCCCACAAUGAUGUCAUUUUUACUACAAAUGCAGCGCGGAAUGCUUACAACACAACUUGAAGGCAUAUAGACUACAAUGAGAAGAGCAUACAUCAUAAACUCUCUGGGCAAAAAUCGAGAACAAUAAAAUUAAUAGAAUAGUAUUGAACCAAUGGAA